AUGCUCUUGGGUGCGGGUAUCAUGUUCCACCAUGUUAUUACGAUCAACCGCGGAACUGGAUUUCAGAUCCGUGUAUUUCUUCUCAUCGUUGGCGUUCUCUCGCUGGCAAUCUGGGCUCAUAUCAAAUCGGGUGACUCGGCGCUGCACCAAAUCGUCUUCGGCAGCAUGGUCGUUACCGUCGGGUUUCGUACUUUCAAACUGAUGAAAACCAUGAUAUCAAAUCGCGACAUGCGCUCCAACCUACGAAGACUCGCCACUUGGGGUUAUGUCGUACUUACCGCUGCUUAUGCUCUGUGGUUGGUUGACGUUUUCCUUUGCCAACACCUGAGGGCCAUUCGACGCUCGAUCGGACUUCCUCUAGCUUGGUUGUUUGAACUCCAUGGCUGGUGA